AAUAAAAUGUCAACGAUAUCGCUUACACAGAAUGUAAACAUUACAAUUCGAGAGUGCAACAAAAGUGAAACUAAUGUUAAACAGAAAAAUCGUGUGAAAAAUAAAUAUUAAUACGUGAGAAAUGUUUUAAAACGCGCAUACAAUGGAUAUUUUCCAAAACCAAUGUACGGAGAGCCUCGGUUUCGAUUCGAUGCUGGCCGCGAAUCCAAUCAACUCACCUCUGCAAAGCACAGAUUCACCGACUCAUCUAAACUUCAGCAACGCUUCGUAUUUCACAUCGAUUCCAUCGCAGCCAUCGAACGCAGCUGUCCCAAGUACAAAUGGACCCUCGCUCCCACCAAUUUGCCACCUCACGAGCAAUAACUAUUCGUCCUCUUCUGGCCCGAACGAUGUUGUCCUACCGAGCAUCUUCGUCAAAGUCCCGAUGCAAAUCAACCAGCAGUACCAGCAGCAGAAUCAACAAUCUCGAAGCAGCAAUCCGGCCGAGAUUAAGUGCGAGGAUAAAUCGGAGCCCAUCAAACGGGAGCUGGGCGAUCUACGGGCGCUGGAAAAGGGAACCGCAAUGGUCCAACUACCGAGCAUAGCGGAGAGCUACCUGGCAGAGGAUCGCCAAGAGCAACGGGAUGAUGAAUUAGUGGUGCAUUGUUGUGAAUGCUGUCCGUUUAUUACGAUAGUGGAGCAAAGUUUGAGGGAUCAUGUGCGCACGAAGCAUCAGUCGGCGGGGGAGGGCGAAACGAGCGAACCGCUGCAUUGUCCAGCGUGUGCAAAUAAGUUCCGGCAGAGGAGCUCACUGGAGGUGCACUUAUUGGAUGAUCACAUGAUGGUGCGUUCCGAGAUGCGGGUGUUAAUGGAGCACAAGUUUCCCGCUCCGGAGCGAGAUGAAGCUACCACAAGCUGUAACACAGUUCCGCAGGAACAUGUUUUAGUCUCGGAAUCACCGCAGGCGGUUAUUCCAGAGCAGAACAAGAGUCGUAUUUAUAUAAAAAAUGUACAAUUGCUCAAGAAACCGGAUGUUAUCGAGAAGGAAAAUGUUCAGCAGGCGCAACAACAUCACGCGGAGCAACAACAGCAACAUCAACAACAACAACACCAGCAGCAGAAUGGCAAAAUAUUCAUCCGAAACGUGUCGCUGUUGCAGAACGCGAAUUUCGUUCAAAACGUGGACAAUGUGUUCCGUAAUGCAUCGGGGCUACAUGAAAGCAAGUAUAGCUUUGUGGUUCCUACUCCAAGUCCAAAUUGUGAAUCGCCUCCUAUCAGUGUGAGCGAGCCGCUUAGUGGCACUUCCCAGCGGAGUAAAAUAUUCAUACGCAACGUGGAUAUUCUGCGAAAUCCUUUGCUCCCCGUUACACCUCCCAUCACAUCGACAUGUGACAUGAGUCGAACUAGCAGUAGUGAAAGCCUCUACACUACUCCUCCGCCGCCGGUAGUUAGUCCUGCCGCUUCCGUAAUCAGCAUCGGCGGCUCGUCGAUGGGAAGUUCGGGAUUAAACAUGGUCUUACUUCCAACCCCAAUUUGUAGCAGCAAUUCUUCCACUCCGCCAAUUAGUGCAACCUCACCGGUGGUUACUGUUACUAGCUCGGAAUCCAUUCACUCUCAACCAGCACCGAGAAAAAGUAAAAUAUUUAUCAAGAAUAUCAGUGUUUUGAAGCAACCAACAAUCCACUUGAAGUCGGUUGACGAGCUGAAUCUGAUGACAAUCGAUCAGCUGCAGUUUCAAAAUCUACUGCCCACAUCUAGCACCACUCAGAACAUGGAAAACGGCGACAUGCCGGUAGAUGGUGAGCACCAAUCGAUGGAAGAGGAUUUUGGGAAUAUAUUAAAUGAUUCGGUUGCCGACUUGGAGGACUUCAAUGGGGUUGAUGCUCAGUAUGAGGAGCUGCAAGUUUGCGAUACCACCUGUGGGGGAGGCGUGUCCCAGCAGGAAGCAUAUCAAUCGCAGUUCGACAGCGAUUUUAUUAUUAUCGAGCCGGGCAGCACUGCGGAAAAUGUUGCUUACGAUGGAUCCGUCGAACCGUUGAGGAUUGCUGCACCACCCACAGACAUAAUCGACCACCACCAGCAACAACCGCAGGCAUUACCUGAACCUUCAGUUCCACCAGAUUCACAGCAAUAUCAUCAAACUGAUGAGGAUAUUUUGUUCGUCUGUGCCGAAGAGAUAAUCAAUCUUGAUCCACCGAUGCCACAGGAUAAGAAUGCGACCGAACAGACAAUUACUCAUACCAUCCCACCAGCAAUAUCCCAGGCACCAUCGGCCCAACCACAGCAGCAACAACCACCACCACGAAUAUAUGUAUCGGGGAACCUUAUGGAGCACCACUCUCCACCGGCUCCCAGUAAUCAUAUAUCUCCCCACCCAACCACAUCAAUCUCCACUCCGAUAGCGCCUCUUAACAAAGUUGAAGAAAUCAAAAUUGAUGAACCGUCGGGAUCGAAUAGUGAACAACCUCAAACGUCCACUUCCACCACGCAUAGUGCGGAAAAAGAUCGCACACGAAACAGAGGUCGUCCAAAGGGGGCGAAACAGACCGGAAUUACCAAACUAAAGAAACUCUACACCAACUUGACUCCCCUCGAAGAGGGCUAUAAAUGCGAUCUGGCCGACUGUGGAGCUCGCUUUAAGCAACCGGAAACUCUGAUGUAUCACAAAAAGUGUCACGUACCUCCAACCGAAUCCAUCUCACCGGACACCGUGCGAUGCCCGGAAUGUGGCUCGCAAGAAUUCCGAAGCUGGAAUACGCUGCACACUCAUUUGUGGCGAGAGCAUUCCGUCGACAUGGAGCUCUAUUCGUGUCAUUUGUGCAAUUUUAAAACACCCGUCCUGUGCAGACUGAACAACACCCACAUGAAGAUUCACUCCGACGAAAAGAACUUCAUCUGCGCAAUCUGCGAUAAAGCAUUCAAAAACAAUAAACAGCUCCGAAAUCACAGGCGCUCCCACCGAGACCACCCACGAGGCCAACAGACGACGUCGCAGGAUAAGCAGCAAUCGGAUGGGUCAAGCGAUCAUCCGAAGCAGCACUCGUCGCUGCCGGUGAAUUGCGUUAAAUGUGGCCUCAAAUUUUCGAACCAGAAAACACUGAAAGCUCACGUUGAGAGUCGCCACGUGAGCGAUGGUGGCGCUGUCGAAGGGCGAAUGAGAUGCUCUAUAUGUGGAAUGGUGUUCAAAACGAGAUACCUGCUGCAAUCACACGUGGCGAAGCAUUCCGACGAGAAGAAGUUCAAGUGUGAUCACUGUGAUUAUUCCACUAAUGAUCACAACGCUAUCCGGAGGCACAAAAUGAGACACAAUUCCAAUGGACAUAUGUACAGUUGUUCCUACUGCGACUAUACCAGCAUUCAAAGCACCACUUACAGGAAGCAUUUGGAGCGGUUGCAUGCAGAUGUUGCAUCCAAUCUGCUGUACAAGUGCUCUAAAUGUACGUUCGUUUCGAUCAGCGGGUUGAAGUAUCAGCUACAUCGCGCGAAGCAUGUAUCAAGCGAGGACAACCCGACUGGCGAGAGCGAAUGCCACCAAGCUACUGUGGAGCCCCUGGCGCCAUCUGAACCACAACCCGCCGAUGAGGAACAGGAGCGUCUGUGCGAAAGCGUAAAUUCCGACGUGGUCAUCGUGGAUAAAGAUCCGGCGGAACCUCCGCUGGAUGCAUUUUCUCUCAUACCACCGUCGAUCACUGACCACCACCAUCAGUUCCCACUGCAGCCUAUGAUUCGACCGGCAGGAUUCGCUAACAAUCUCUCGAAGGUGGAUAAUUUCUACGGUUAUCCGUCAAGUACAUCGCUCGACAACGCUAGUCUUCACUAUCAGCAACAGCCCGGGGGCCAGGUUUCGUCCCAAAACGAAAAUCAAUUAAUGCCACAACAAAAUGGCGAAGCGUCAGUUCCCGUUGCGAAUUCAUCCGGAACGAGUGGUUCCCAUCAGCACGAGUAUUACAGCAACUCAGUUUUGCACAGCAUGGGCACUAUGGCACCUGUAGUGGGAUGCAGUGAAAGUACUCACGGCAACUAGGAUCUUGGAGAUGUGGUUCCGGAUGGUUAGGAUAGAUAAUAUAUUUGCGUCCAUGUGAUAUUAGUUAUAGCUCUUAGUUUCUAUAAGCAAAUAAUGAUUUACAAACG